UUCGACCUGCUUAUAUUUCUUUCGAAGGGCAACGAGUGUGUAAUAUCCCACACAGGCGUUUUGUUAAUGUUUUUGUCAAACGUAUAUUGUCUAAAAUACAUUAUGAAUUAAAUCGGAUACAAAGCUAUGCUUGAUCAUGUCUUCUAAUGCCCCGCACUUUACGAAAGAAGAGACUGGUGAACCCACACAGAUCUCAACUGCUGUUUAUAGAGGGGCCCAUUAAUGGACCAAAGCAUGACUAUGGACCACAACUACGAAGUGCCAUUCAUCCCAAGACAUUUUUGUCCGAGAAACAACGGCAAAAUGAUGCAUUAUGUACUUCUUGGGUGUCUCCACAGUUUAAUUCGCUGGAGACCACAGCAGUUAGUCGAGGGAGGAAGAUUCAGAAGACUACGAGAUGUAUCUCAAACUCAGCCUCAGGCUUGUCAUUGCCUCAACAACAUAGAAGAACAACAGUUUGCAAAUAUCCCCCUUUGUCCUUCAAGGAAACCAUGCCAGUUCCACAGCAACGGUGCAAAAAUCUUCAUACAAAAACAGCCCUUCGAGUAACCAAAGAAGUUGAGCGUUUGCAGAAUAAGAGCUACAGGCUGGUUUCAUCAGACAAUCGUAAAGAGACGCUUGCAGAAACCCCAAGACGGAUCCCCUCUAUUCAGAGAGGAGUGGAUAGAAUGACGGCCACACGUGUUGAAAGAUUCACAAACUCCAGGCAUACAGCGGUUUCAAAGAAGACACAUUUCCACCCAAAUGCUAGAGUGGCAACUGAGGGUUACAUUCACACCCCAUUGUCAAAUGGAAGCCAGACACCCAACACAAGCUCCGUUCCUGCACCCCCAAAUGUAGAGACCCCAGAAAUAGCACAUUGUUCCAGCACUUCUUCCCCUGAUGUUCUCCAUAUUCUCUUUCCCCAAAGCCAGCCAAAGACUCCCCCGCUUACUCCGAAUACAAGCAUCCUAGUUAAGGACACACCUGAAAAAGACUAUGGGCUCAGGGUAACAUGGAGACGUAGGAAAGCAUUGAUGAAAUUAUUGAUAAACAAAGGACAGCUCCUUCUCACAGAUGCAGGAAUUGUGAAUGAGUGGAUUGAGGCCAUGAAUUAACAGUUACAGUAAUAAUUUAUGACUUAUUUUGCAGUCUUUGCUGUUCAAUACUUAGAGAUAAACUGAGAUAAUAGAUGAGUUGAUGAGCGAGUGUCAUGUUUUUAUAUUUGGGAAAUCAUGACAACUUAUAUUUGGGAUUUAUUUGUAAUGUAUGAUCACUUUAGAAGUGAAGAAUUAAAGAUUUAAUGUGUCAUCUCCUAGCAAGCUGUAUUUAAUACAAGCACUGCUGCUGCAAUUCUGUAUGCUGCUGUACACUAAUGUUUAUUAUUAUAUACUUAAAUGUGUAAUACAUGUACAUAUACAGAUUGUCAAACAAAAGUGUAAUGGAAUCCCUUUAUUUUCAUUAAUGACUUGUUUUUGAAAAAUU